GGCUGCAGAGGGAGACCUCCCGUCGCCCGCUCUGCCAUUAGCCGCUGUCCCGGCAGGAGGAGGCAGCCAUGGGAAACCGGGAGUCCCAGCUAUCUGCAGUGCCUGCUCAGAAGCUGGAUAAUUUUAUCCAGGACUACGUGACGCCCGAUGACGAGUGUCAGAGACGGAUUGACGGGAUCGUGGACUUCAUCCGUGACACGCUGCAGAACGCGGAGCACUUCCCUGUGGUGCAGGGAGUAGCCACCGGUGGACCCUACGGCCGGAAAACAGUCUUGAGAGGCAACUCUGAUGGUACCCUCGUCCUCUUCCUCAGUCACUUCAAACAAUUCCAGGACCAGAGGCAAAACCAACGAGAAAUCCUCAAAAGAAUCGGGGAUCAACUGGAGCACCAUGUACGCGAAAGGAGGCUAGAAGGCUCCGUCGAGAUCCAACAUGGCGGGCUCAUAAUCCAGGUGUUCACAGAAAAGCAGAGAAUCUCCUUUCAGGUGCUGCCUGCCUUCAAUGCUCUGGGCUUCCUGGAGGAUCCCAACCCCUGGAUCUAUCGAGAUCUCAAAAGAUCAUUGGAUAAGGCACAAGCCCGCCCCGGUGAGUUCGCAGUCUGCUUCACAGAACUCCAGGAGAAGUUUUUUAACAACCGUCCCAGAAAGCUGAAGAAUUUGAUCCUCUUGGUAAAGUACUGGCACCAACAGUGCCAGCAAAAAAUGAAACAUUCGCCCGUGCUGAGUCCAUAUGCCCUGGAGCUGCUUACGGUGUAUGCCUGGGAACAGGGCUGUGGAAAAGAAAAUUUUGAUAUAGCUGAAGGCAUCAGAACUGUUCUGAAGCUGAUCAAGUGCCAGGCGCAGCUGUGCAUCUAUUGGACGGUCAACUACAGCUUUGAUGACGAGACCAUCGGGAAUGUCCUGCUGAACCAGCUCCGAUCAGAGAGGCCAGUGAUCGUGGAUCCAACCGACCCAACCCACAACGUGAGUGACGGGAAGAGCUGCUGGGAGGUGCUGAAACGAGAAGCUCAGACCUGGCUCACGUCUCCCAGCCUGGACAGCCAGCUGCCUGCCCGUGACUGGGAUGUCCUGCCAGCACCGCUCUUCACGAUCCCGGGCCAUCUUCUAGAUAACUUCAUCAGGGACUUUCUCCAGCCUGACAAAUGUUUCCUAGAUCAGAUCGAGAAAGCCGUUGACAUCAUCUGCACGUUCCUUACGGAACGUUGCUUUCGACAGUCACCUGGCAAGAUCCAGAUCGUCAAGGGAGGAUCAACUGCCAAAGGCACAGCUCUGAGGACUGGCUCUGAUGCCACACUCGUCGUGUUCCAUGACUCGAUUAAAAGUUAUGCCUCCCAAAAACGCGAACGCAGCAAAAUCAUCAAGGAAAUUCAGAAACAGCUGGAAGCCUGUGAGCAGGAGAAGGAGUUGGAAGUCACGUUUAGGAUUUCAGUAUGGAAGGCUCCCAGGGCACUGAGCUUCUCUCUAAGCUCCAAAGUACUCAACGAAAGCAUCGACUUUGACGUGCUGCCUGCCUUUAAUGCACUGGGUCAGUCGAGUUCCGGCUCCCCACCCAGCCCCAACGUUUAUGCUGAGCUCAUUGAUAUGUAUAAAUCCCCAGACAUCCCCGGGGGAGAGUUUUCUACUAGUUUCACGGUGCUACAGCAGAACUUCAUUGGCUCCCAGCCCACCAAACUGAAGAAUUUAAUUCGCCUGGUGAAGCACUGGUACACGCAGUGCAAAAGGAAACUGAAGCCUAAGGGGACUUUGCCCCCAAAGUAUGCCCUGGAGCUACUCACCGUGCACGCCUGGGAGCGCGGGAGCAAGAUGCUGGACUUUGACACCGCGGAAGGUUUCCGGACGGUCCUGGAGUUGGUCACACAGUAUCAGCAGCUCUGCAUCUUCUGGAUCGUCAAUUACAACUUUGAAAAUGAGACAGUGAGGAAGUUCCUGCUGACCCAGAUCCAGAAAACCAGGCCUGUGAUCUUGGACCCAGCCGACCCCACCAGCGACGUGGGAGGAGGGGACCGUUGGUGUUGGCAUCUUCUGGCAAAAGAAGCGAAGGAAUGGUCGUCCUCUCUCUGCUUCAAGGAUGGGACGGGAAACCCAGUCCAGCCAUGGAAGGUGCCACUAAAGAUCAUCUAAAGGAGGUGUCAUCUGGAAAGAGCCCCGAAACCGGCUGGAAUAGAAGAACUUGUCCUGCUGUAGCAACCUGGAAUUGAUUCAAUAGGAAACCCAGCUCGCAGGAGCUUAAACAAUUGGUUCCUCCACCCCCUAUUACAAGUAGCCCUGAGUCAGGACACCAGGACUCUGCAUUGUAGGAUGCUGGACAGCGGCCCCGGGCUACGCCCACUGCAUGUCAGCACCGCCCCUGCCCCCGCCCCCCCACACACACACUGUAACGACCAAAAAUGUCAGCCAAAUGUUCCCGGGGGGGGGGGGGGGGUGUCACAGCUCUUUCUGGCUUUGGCUUUUGGCUCCACCCUCUUUAGUUGCUGAUUUUAGCACUUCCCCCGACCCAGGUAUAACUUCUUGCCAAAUCAAAAGGCUUCUUCCUUGGGCUUUAGCUUCAAUGAUACUUGAAAGUGUAAGUGUUGUAACCUCAUAAACCCCCACUGAAAGUUUUAUUACUGCUGCAGACACUACUGUGAUACACAUAGCUGGCCAUUGUGCCCAGUUCUUUGCACGGACUUUCAAAAAUCUCAAUAGGGGUGUAUUUUGUAUUCAUAAUAAGCUGCUUUCAACCUUCCCUGAGUUUAUGCUAACAAGGUGACUUGGGGUGGGCCCUUAGAUAGUUUCAAGGGAGGUGCUGGCCAAGCCACCAAGACCAAGCAUGUGAUUGGGGAAUUUCAUCCCCAACCCCCAACAUCCAGGGAGGAGAGAGCUAGCAAUUGAGUCCAAGCAUGCGGCCAGUGAUUUAAUCAAUCGUGCCAAAGUCGUGGAGCCCCAGUAAAAGCUCUGAACAAUGAGGCCUGGGCGCCUCCUGGCUGGUGAACAUUCGAUGUCCCAGGAAGGUGGAGCAUCCGAUUCCACAGGCUCAGAGGCUCCUGAGCUCUGGACCCUUCCAGACCUGGCCGCCCUAUAUAUCUUUUCAUCUGGCUCUACAUUUCUAUCCUUUAUAAUAAAAUGGUGAUUGUAAGUAUA